GAAAUGUUCACUUUGAAGUAGUUUGUUCUCAGUCUGGAGAGGAGCGCCAGCUUGAUGAGUCACGAGCUCAUGAAUUACGUCCUUCGCAGCGUGUGGAUGCGCGCGCGUGUGAACGCGUUCCACCGAAUCCCAGCGUUUAGGUCAUUCAGCACAGCGUGCGCCAGGAGUAGCCACCAGUGGCAUCUAAUUCCACUGCUUCACCAUGUCAGAUCCACCAUCAUCACCUCCAUCAGGCCAGAAACCAACUCUGAAAUCCACUAGCACGACUUCGAGCCGGUUUCAGGUGGAUCGCGUAGCAGAGGCGGCUGCUGCUGCGAGUGGAGCACCAAAAACUCCGCCAGCAUCGAGAUCUGGUAAAACAGCGGAGGGGUCGACUGGAACUGGGGAAGAGGCCAAAGGUCGAUUUCGCGUUGUGAACUUUUUGGAUCCAUCAGGCACUCCUGCAGAUGGAGCAUCAGAAGUGCCGUUUGAUGGCGACACGGUGCGCAGCGAAGCCAGUUUGCACUCCUCUACAGGUGGUCUUAGCCAUUUUUCUGACACACACUCCAGCACGUAUUAUCUGCGAACCUUCGGCCAUAACACCAUCGAUGCGGUACCAAAUAUUGAUUUCUACCGGCAAACGGAGGCGCCUCUGGGAGAGAAACUUAUUCGGCCAUCGCUAUCCGAACUUCAUGAUGAGCUUGAUAAAGAACCCUUUGAGGAUGGCUUAGCAAAUGGGGAAGAGCCAGCAGCUGCAGAUGAGGCUGCAUUAAAGGAUGUGCCUGAGUCCAAAGGGGGCACAGUGAAGUUUGGUUGGAUAAAGGGUGUCCUCGUACGAUGUAUGCUGAACAUCUGGGGAGUGAUGCUCUUCAUUCGUAUGUCAUGGAUUGUUGGCCAAGCUGGCAUAGCUUUGUCCUGUGCUAUCAUUUUAAUGGCGGUUUUGGUGACUACUAUCACUGGUCUUUCCACUUCAGCAAUAGCCACCAAUGGCUUUGUGCGAGGAGGUGGGGCAUAUUACCUGAUAUCUAGGAGUUUGGGUCCAGAGUUUGGUGGAUCUAUUGGCCUCAUUUUUGCCUUUGCAAAUGCUGUUGCUGUUGCCAUGUACGUUGUGGGUUUUGCUGAAACUGUGGUAGAGCUCCUUGGUAGUGUAGAUGCUCUCAUAACAGAUGAGAUCAAUGACAUCCGUAUAGUUGGCACCCUUACCAUCAUCUUGCUGCUUGGUAUAUCUAUGGCAGGAAUGGAAUGGGAGGCUAAGGCCCAGAUUGUGCUGUUGAUAAUUCUUGUGGCAGCAGUGUUUAACUACUUCAUCGGUUCAUUCAUCCCAAUGGAAUCAAAAGAGCCCAAAGGCUUCUUUGGUUAUAACGCUGCAAUUAUGAUGGAGAACAUGGGUCCAGAUUUCAGAGAUGAGGAAACAUUUUUCUCUGUUUUUGCCAUCUUCUUUCCUGCUGCAACUGGCAUAUUAGCAGGAGCUAAUAUCUCAGGGGACCUAUUAGAUCCACAAUCUGCUAUUCCAAAGGGAACUUUACUGGCUAUUCUCAUUACUGGGAUUGUGUAUGUUGCAAUUGCUGUGUCUAAUGGAUCUUGUAUUGUACGGGAGGCAACAGGUGAUGCUAAUGACACCAUCAUAGGCUCUCUCGAGAACUGCACAGAUGCAGCUUGUACACUUGGUUAUGACUUCUCCAUUUGCAAGGAAGGGGGCUGCAAGUAUGGGUUACAGAAUGAUUUCCAGGUCAUGAGUUUGGUGUCUGCUUUUGGACCACUUAUCACUGCUGGAAUCUUCUCUGCAACUCUCUCAUCUGCUCUUGCAUCUUUAGUCAGCGCUCCAAAAGUGUUUCAGGCUUUGUGUAAGGAUAACAUUUACCCAGGCUUACGGGUUUUUGCUAAAGGCUAUGGCAAGAACAAUGAACCUCUGCGUGGCUAUGUCUUAACUUUCAUCAUUGGUCUGGCUUUUAUACUAAUUGCUGAGCUAAAUGUUAUCGCUCCCAUCAUUUCCAACUUUUUCUUGGCCUCUUAUGCCUUGAUCAAUUUCUCUGUCUUCCAUGCAUCUUUGGCUAACUCCCCAGGAUGGCGUCCGAGUUUUAAAUACUACAAUAAGUGGGUAUCACUGGCGGGAGCUGUGCUGUGCUGUGUGGUUAUGUUUGUAAUCAACUGGUGGGCUGCCCUCCUUACCAAUGUCAUUGUCCUGGCACUCUAUAUUUAUGUCAGCUACAAGAAACCAGAUGUAAACUGGGGCUCUUCCACACAAGCUCUCAUGUACAACCAGGCACUGUCACACUGUCUGCAUCUCACUGGUGUAGAGGACCAUAUCAAGAACUUCAGACCUCAGUGUCUUGUAAUGAUUGGUGCUCCAAAUGCAAGACCAGCACUACUUCAUCUAGUACAUGCUUUCACAAAAAACAUGGGGCUAAUGGUCUGUGGCCAUGUUCGUAUGGCUUCCCGAAGACCAAACUAUAAGGACAUAAUGAAUGACCAAGUGCGUUAUCAACGCUGGCUUCUUAAGAAACGGAUCAAGGCUUUUUAUACUCCGGUGUUUGCUGAGGACCUCAGACAAGGAGCCCAAUAUCUGUUACAAGCUUCUGGUUUGGGUCGUCUAAAACCAAACACAUUGAUACUUGGAUUUAAAAACAACUGGAGGGAUGGUGAAAUGAAAGAUGUAGAAAUAUAUAUCAACACAAUUCACGAUGCUUUUGACCUACAGUAUGGUGUGGUCAUCUUAAGGCUAAAGGAGGGUUUAGACAUUUCCCAUAUUCAAGGCCAAGAUGAAUUUCUGUCUUCAACUGAGAAAGCUCCAGGGAUGAAAGAGCUGUUGGUGGCUAUUAACAUUGGAAAAGAUACAGAUGAUUCCUUGAAACCAUCAUCUAAGAUCACCAGUGGUCAAAGCAGUCCACUCAUUAUCAGAGACACCAAGAGUCCUCCAGUGCAGCUUAGCAUUGCAGAUGAAAAGCUGCUGGCAGCUAGUCAGCAGUUCAAAAAGAAACAGUGCAAGGGCACCAUUGAUGUUUGGUGGUUGUUCGAUGAUGGAGGUCUGACACUGCUGAUACCAUAUUUGCUAACUAACAAGAAAAAAUGGAAGGAUUGCAAGAUUCGUGUCUUCAUUGGUGGAAAGAUAAACAGGAUUGAUCAUGACCGCAGAGCAAUGGCUACAUUACUGAGCAAGUUCAGGAUUGACUUCUCUGACAUUAAUGUACUUGGAGAUAUCAACAUAAAGCCACAGAAACACAAUAAAGAAAAAUUUAUGGAGAUGAUUGAGCCUUACAGACUGAAGGAGGAAGAUAUGGAGCAGGAGGAUGCUGAGAGGUUGAAGGCUGAGGAACCGUGGAGGAUUACUGAUAAUGAACUGGAAUUGUACAAGGCCAAGACAAAUCGUCAAAUAAGACUGAAUGAAUUGCUAAAGGAGCACUCAAGCAUAGCAAACCUCAUUGUCAUGAGCAUGCCACUUGCCAGGAAAGGAACUGUCUCUAGUGCCCUGUACAUGUGCUGGCUGGAAACCCUGUCUAAUGGUCUUCCACCAAUUCUGCUUGUAAGAGGAAACCAUCAAAGUGUCCUUACUUUCUACUCAUAAAAUGCAGACAUGCCAUUUUACAUAGAGAGGACACCAUCACAAUCAGUACAGUGUUGGUAUGGUGGAUGCUGACUAUGUCCAGUGUUGCAAAAUCUUUCUCCAUUUUUACAUUGAAAAUGUGUAGCCAGUUCAACAAACAUGUAUGCUAUAUGGAGUGUUUUUUUUUGUUUGUUUUUGUUCUUUGGUGGCAUAUGAAAUGUUUUUUUGAUAAGAGCUGAUCAGUAUGCUGUCUUGCAGCAAUUUUAAGACCUAGACUGGCAUGAGAGUACUACAAAGGAAAUGUUUUGACACUGAUGGAGUUUUGAACAUAAAAUAUUUGCUAUUAUUUGUUUAUACUCUCUCCAGGAUGGUAAGUAGAAAAUAGCCUGCAUUCAUGUAAUAAUUUGUUUCAUUCUAUUCCUACAUUAAUGGUUUUCACACAAUUCCUCAUACCUACAAUGUCACUUGACAGUAAGCUGACAGUUAUAACAGAUUUACCCAGUUUGUACUUAUUAGGCAUAACAAAUAUCUACAUGGUUGUUUUCCAAGACAAAGUACUGCUGAAUGGAUAUUGUUUUGUAUUUGCAACACUGAACUGAUUAAAUAAUUGUGUUUAUUUUAACAA